GAAAUUUGUGCGGUAGCGGGAAAGAGUCAUCAAUAAUAAUAUCCUGCAUUUUGUAUUUCAACAUAUCUUCCAAAACCAUGUCGGUUGACCAUGAUUGGUCGGAACUUCCACCAGAACUCCUCUACACAAUCGUAAACAACCUAACCAACCUUAACGACUACCUCCAUUUCCGUGCAGUUUGUUCCACGUGGCGAUCCUCAACACCAACAACUCCCAAAAACUUACCAAUUCAACUCCCAUGGUUGAUGCUCCCAAAAAACCGGUCCAACUUACACGGUACCGGUUUUUUCAAUCUCGUAAACAACAAGCUUCACUUCCUCAGUCUUCCAGAAGCUUCUAAUCAUCGUCGUCGUCGUUGCGGUUCUUCUAACGGAUGGCUAAUUAUCGUUGACGAAUCGCCGUUAAUUUUCAUGAUUAAUCCCAUCACGAAAGUAACUGUUAAUUUACCUCCGGUUACUGAAUUUCCUAAUGUGGUGAAUUUCGAUUUUUACAGCGUAGGGAGGGAAUUUACCGUGAGAUCACUUGGUGGCGAGGUUUAUACACGGAGUUUGAAAGAAAUGAGGGAUUCGUUUAUUAGAAAGGUUGUGAUUUCGAAUAGUCCUUCACGUGAUCCGAAUUUUAUUGCGAUGGUGAUCCUUAAUGAAACAGGUGAGCUUGCUUACUGCAAAAACGGGGAAAAUUCAUGGAGAUUUAUUGAUGAUGCACGGUUUUAUGCUGAGGAUGUUAUCUAUUUUGAUGGAUUGUUUUAUGCUGUUCAUAAAUCUGGAGAAAUUGCUGUUUGUGAUCUUAGUGGCGGUUCGCCUAGUGUUUCGUUUAUUGAAACCCCUAGGCAAAUUGGCGGUGAUAUGCAGUAUUUGGUUAAAACAAAUGAUGAACUUUUACUUGUGACUAGAUUUUUGGAGCUUGAUAUUGAUGCCGCGUAUCAUCAGCUUGAUGUUGUGUAUAAGACAGUUGAAUUUCGUGUAUUUAGAUUGGAUUUAGAUGGACCAAAGUGGGAGAUAAUGAACAGUUUGGGUGAUAAUAUGUUGUUUUUAGGAGAAAAUUCUUCAUUGGCAUUGUUGGCUUCUGAUUUUCCUGGGUGUGAAGGAAAUAGGAUUUAUUUCACUGAUGAUUAUUGUGAGGCUAAUUAUGAUGGUGUCAAUGGGAAUCAUGACUUAGGGUAUUACAAUUUAGAGGAUGGUAGUAUUGAAGCAUUGUCCUGCUAUCCUCGCAAUUCACAUUCUAUGCUUCGUUGGCCUCCUCCAAUUUGGUUCACUCCAAAUCCCUGUUGAUAAUUGAAUUUGGUGAAGUCCUCCAUUGAGGUUGUUUGUGAAUAUGUUUCUCCGGCCAGAGUUCAAGUCGAUGGAUGGAAUUACUUUGUAUACGAGUUGCAAAUAAUCAAAUAGUGGUGUGCUGUAAGUAAACCUGUACCUAUAUUUUCUUGAUGCAGUCUGUGUGACCGCAGAAUUCCCAGUAAUCAAAUAUUCGUGUGCUGUAAAUAAACCUGUACCAACAUAUUAAUUUAUGCCUGCAAAAUUCCCACUAAUCAAAUAUUCGUGUGUUGUAAAUAAACUUGUACCGACAUAUUUAUUUA